UGCUUCUCGGGGUCUCUGCUCCCCACACCCCUCUGCCAAGGUCUCUUUCCCCCCAUCCCUCUCUCCUGGCCUGUGUCGUCUCCCAUCCCCCUCACUCAUGCCCCCUGAGGCCCCAUGGCCACUUUUUCCCCCUUUGGGCAGGGCUCCUGCUCUGCUGCCCAGCUGGGCUGGGGGAGGGGCGGGGUGUGGGUUCCCAGCACAGCUGGGCCCUUAAGUUUCCCAGAAAGCCAUCUUCCCCCGCCUCCCCCCCCAGCGCACACAUUGUUCCUCUGGCUGUUUUUUCCUGUCCAGGACCCUCCAAGGCCAGGCGGGGGCUGACUGGCAGGGACUGCCGCCUGGCCUGCUGCAGCUGGGGAAACUGAGUCUUGGGGGAGUUGUUAGGGGAUAGAACUCCUUGUGUGUGUGGGGGGGUGUCUGCUUCCAUCCCCAGCCUAGCUUGGAACUUGGAGGUGGGGGACGAGGGAAGGGUCCCACCUUAGAGCCGCAGGGCCUCCCGACUCCCCUCUUUAUGGAGAUGGUGUCAGAGGUAGACUAACCUCAGCUCCCCAGGGACCUCUGUCCUGCGGCCGCUGCGGGCGCGGGAUCCACAGCGGGCCCUUUUCCAUGGCCUUGUGCACAGAGCCCCCCGGUUCCCAGGAUGCUGACCCAGGAGCUGGGUCCCCUAAGCCACCAGGACUUUCCUUUUCAUGCCUGGCUGACAGGGCUUCAGUACAGCUGAGGCCUGGGCUGCGUGGCUCUUCACACCGGUCUACACUUACUCCCCUUCCUGGAUGGUGUCUACAGGCUAGGCUAGCGCCCAGACUCCCUCUGUCUACACCCCCCGGGAGGCUGCAGGUGCCUCGCAUCGCCCUACCCACAAAGCCUGGCCCUUGAGACCACAGGGUCCCUGACGCGGUUGAGGUCGCAGAAGCCCAGCGCCUCCCUGCCCCCACCCCUUUCCUGGAAGCCCUAAGCUGUCGCCACUGGCAGGUGUCAGCUGCCCCGCCCCUCUUCCCUCCCCCUUAAAGGGGUCGCUCUCCGGAGGCCUCCCGGGGUCAGAGCACUGCUACGUGACCAGCACACCCGUGGGAGCUCCUAGGCCAAGGAGUAGGACUCGGGGAUCCAGGUUCUAAGCUUUCUCUCCUGGCGUUGUGUGGCCUCCCGGACUCGGCCUCAGUUUUCCCCGCCGGGGAAGUGGGGGCUGGCGCUAAAGCAGGCUGCUUCACCCAUGGGUUUCAGGGACCACACCCGGCCCCACCCCACGAUGACUUCCCACAUCGUCCUGUGGCUUCUCGCCGCCUCCAUCCUGGCGGACCCGGACUCUGCGGGCAGACGGCCCCUGCACCAGGUCGCCCAGAACCGCAGGCGCCUCUGUUCCCUGGGCACAUGCCAGACGCACCGCCUGCCGGAGAUUAUAUACUGGCUCCGCUCUGCCUCCACCAAAGAGCUCUCAGGGAAGGCCGGCCGUGAGCCCCAGGACCCCCACAGCUACGGGCGCCGCCGUAGGCGCGAGGCCAGAGUCCUGCUCCAUCUCCUUGACCCUGGCCCGAAGGAAAGAGGCCAGCGCAGCGCCCAGCUUGCUGGGUGACGUCGGACACGUCCCUGUUCCUCCCCUGGCCUCAGUUUGCCCAUCUGUGUACUGGGGCCACGACCCCAAGUUUCUUUUCCUCUCGCUCCAUUGUGAGGGGGCUCAUUCAAAAACCGGGCUCGUUCAAACACUGCCUUCCCCCAUCUGUGGCUGGGCUGGACCCAGGUGCACACCGGACCUAACAUGUACAAAGAAUGCUACCGUCCAGAGCCUAAUAAAACGAGUUUCCCGUUUCA